AUGUCAAAAAUCAUCUUUGAAGUUCAAGUUCGGAGCAAGAAACGAAAACGGCAGCAAAGGGAAAAAGACCUUGUUCAAAUAACCAAGACCGACUUUCCGAAUAUACCGUCUUCGUCCUUUUAUUGGUUAUACUGGACUUCAUGGUCCUUUUACAUAAGGCUUCCUCGAAAGAAAGGAAAUAACAAUAGUGAAGGAUGGAGGGAGUACGACGGUAUCAAGGAUUCAUUCAAAUAUAAUAUCGAGCUUACUGACGCGCAGAAUCGUGGAGGAUUCCACAAUAGAGGAUAUCAUUUCUUAGGAAUCAAUAUACAGGCUACACGGGAGCAUGUAACCCACAGCAAGCAACUCCUUUUGGCAGACAGAGAACCCUUGAUUAUGGCAACGAAGGGGCAUCCAAACUCAUUCACCAUGCGAGUAUUGAGGAUCCCCAGAUUUCUACGAUGUUUCGCGUACCAAGAUCUAAGCCACUGCGAACUUCUUAUAUUAGGGGCAUUCCAUGAGCAUUUAAAGCCAGUGUUUUCAAUUGAGAAAUGCCUUGGUCAAGGCACAAUCCCAUGGGUUUCUGAGACCAAGCAAUUCCCAGCCAUGAUGGAAAAGCUCUUCCACUCUCAUCAGCCGGCGCAAUCAAGCAGGAGCUAUGAAACUGACACAAGAACAACAUUUCUUGGUACGGAACACAAGAUAUUGGUACGCUUAUCGUCAGCAUCUCGUGGUAAACUGUACAAUGACUACAGAGAAUCCGAGAUAAAUCCUUAUCUGCUAGGUAUCUAG